AUGGCCUCUGAGACCCCCUCUGAACGGUCUCUUCUCAGAGGUGGAGUGGAAAGAGGAGCCAGGCAGCUUCCUCAGGUAGCGAAAGAGCAACGGGAGCAGGGAGGAGGGAAGAGGCACAGAUGGGACCACCCAGCCUCCCUCUGUGUUGAGUGGGAAUGAUGGGGAUCUAAGAGCAGCUCUGUCUUCUUCCUCUUCUUCUUCCAGGCCCUCUUGACCUUUGAGGAGGUGGCUGUGUUUUUCACGGAGGAGGAGUGGGCUCUGCUGGAUCCUGGCCAAAGAGCUCUGCACAAGGAAGUCAUGGAGGAGAAUUAUGAGAUGGUGGCCUCUCUAGGUAAGGGCAGAUUUGUAACCCUCUUGUCUGUUAGACGUUGGAGGUGUGAAUCUGCUGUUUGAGCCAUUUAUUCAUGCUGUGUCUUCUUCUUUGGCAACCUCUUAUAGCUGAGUAAGAUUGUCUUCCACGAACACGGUUUUAACGGUGUGUCCGUAAUUGACUGUAGAGUCCAAUUCUGGAUCCACACAUCCUUUGGCAGUGGGGACAUAGGUUUCCGGGCAGGAGUUAAUCACAGCGAGGUUUUGCUAAACAUGCUUUCCUCGUCCUGAGUAUGUGCUUCUUCAAAGUCCAUGAAGCCUUUGGUAAAGCUAUUUUCCAGUUGGCACUCUUGCAAGCCAGUGUUUCCCAAUUUUCUAUGCCUAUACCCCAUUUUUUUAGAUUAGCCUUCAGAAUAUCUUGAAACCACUUUAGUUGUCCACCUGUAUUUCACUUUCCAUUCUUAAGUUGGAAAUAGAGUAGUUGCUUUGGAAGACAAUAAUCAGGCAUCUGAACAACCUGACCUGCCCAACGAAGUUGAUGUUGAAGAUUGUAGUUUAUAACAACGCUGUACUUUUAUCAGUAGGUAACUCUUCAUAAGCUGAUAUUGUGGUAUGAAUUCCCCCAAAAAACCAAAAAAGGGAAAAUCAACAAAGAGACUCACAGGUUAAUAAUUGUGGUAUGAGGUUUCCUGGUCCAUAUCAUUUAUUAGCUUUUAAUGGGCCAGCAGAUACUUUGUUGCCUCUGCUUCAAAAGUUUAAUAUUUUUGUAUAUUUUUAGAGUCAUAUAAAGUAAUAUCUCUGGUUACAAACCGUCCUCCUUGCAAAAGCUUCGGCUUACGAGCUCUGCUAACCCAGAAGUAGGUCUCCUGGUUGCAAAUUUUGCCCCAGGAUGCGAGCGGAAUCGCCCCAUUAGUGAAAGUGUGCCUCAGGUUAAGAACGGUUUCGAGUUGAGAACGGACCUCUGGAACAAAUUAAGUUCAUAACCAGAGGUACCACUGUAUUAGUAAUAUAGCACUUAUGUUUUACUUAUUCCUCAUAGAGUGGCUCUGAUACUCAGGUCUGAGCUCAUCUCCUCGUUUGGAACUGAAAAAUACAGGCAUGUUGUCCUGGACAGAUUGAGAGGUCCAUACUUCCACUUUGCUGGGAGACUGUACCUUUGUAUGUCUCCUUUCAGUGUGUAGGAAUAUAAAACCGGUCCUGAAAGACCUGCAUUGGCUCCCAGUACAUUUUCGAGCACAAUUCAAAGUGUUGGUGUUGACCUUUAAAGCCCUAAAUGGCCUUGUCCCAGUAUACCUGAAGGAGGGUCUCCACCCCCAUUGUUCUGCCCGGACGCUGAGGUCCAGUACCGAGGGCCUUCUGGCAGUUCCCUCAUUGUGAGAAGCAAAGCUACAGGGAACCAGGCAGAGGGCCUUCUUGGUAGUGGCGCCUGCCCUGUGGAACGCCCUCCCAUCAGAUGUCAAAGAGAUAAACAACUACCAGACUUUUAGAAGACAUCUGAAGGCAGCCCUGUUCAGGGAAGUUUUUAAUGUGUGAUGUUUUAAUGUAUUUUUAAUCUUUGUUGGAAGCCGCCCAGAAUGGCUGGGGAAACACAGCCAGAUGGGUGGGGUACAAGUAAAUUAUUAUCAUUAUCGUUAUCAUUAAAAAGAGCCAUUUGGAUCAGAAUGAGGGCCCAUCUUUUCCAGCAUCCUGGUGCAGGUGUAGGUGAUGUCUACAGUGGGUUGGAAUGUAUCAGCAAGAAAUUACAGAUCAUGGAGGAAGGAGAAAACUGAAUACAGAGGUGCAGCAUUUUCACAGGAGGGGGAAAGUGUGUCCCUCCAGAUGUUGCUGCACUACAACUCCCGCCAUCCCUGGUCAUUGGCCGUCUUUGCUUGGGUUGAUGCUACUUAGAGUCCAACCACAUCUGGAGGGCCAUAGAUGUCUCACCUCACCACAGAAGAAAAGGUGCUGAUUGGCCUUGCUGUGUGUUAAGUUCUCUGGUUCUCUUCCUUGAAUACCUAACAAUAUUUUCUUAUCUUCCACCCGCAACACUUUAAACCAGGUGAUGGAGAAGGCAAUCAGAAUUUUGAGGGGCCAUCUGUAAAGUACUUCAGUGUGAGUGAACACCUUAGGACACAUCUUCAAACUAACACUGAGGAGAAACCCUUUAAAUGUAUGGAGUGCGGAAAAAGCUUCAGUGAAAAGGGAAAACUUACCAUACAUCAACGAAUUCACACAGGGGAGAAACCAUUUGAAUGUAUGCAGUGUGGAAAGAACUUCAGACAGUCUUCACACCUUACUGUACAUCAACGAACUCACACAGGGGAGAAACCAUUUAAAUGUACUGAGUGCGGGAAGUGCUUCAGUGAGAGUGGAAGUUUUACUCUACAUCAAAGAAUUCAUACGGGGGAAAGGCCAUAUAAAUGUAUUGAGUGUGGGAAGUGUUUCAGUGAAAGUAGAAAACUUACUGUACAUCAACAAAUUCACACAGGGGAGAAACCCUUUAAAUGUACGGAAUGUGGAAAAAGCUUCAGUCAGAGUGGAAGCCUUACUGUACAUCAACAAAUUCACAGAGAGGAAAAACCAUUCCGAUGUUUGGAGUGCGGAAAGAGCUUUAGUCAGAGUGGAAGCCUUACUAUACAUCAACGGACUCACACAGGGGAGAAACCAUUCAGAUGUAUGGAGUGUGGGAAAUGCUUCAGUCAGUGUUCACACCUUACUAGACAUCAUCGGACUCACACAGGGGAGAAACCAUUUAAAUGUAUGGAGUGUGGGAAGGGCUUCAGUCACAAUGGAAUACUUACUGUUCAUCUACGAACUCACACAGGGGAGAAACCAUUUAAAUGUAUGGAGUGUGGGCAGAGCUUCAUUCACAAUGGAAUCCUUACUGUACAUCAACGAACUCACACAGGGGAGAAACCAUUUAAAUGUAUGGAGUGUGGAAAGACCUUCAGUCAGUGUUCACACCUUACUAUACAUCAACGAACUCACACUGGGGAGAAACCAUUUAAAUGUAUGGAGUGUGGGAAGGGCUUCAGUCACAAUGGAAUCCUUACUGUACAUCAACGAACUCAUACAGGGGAGAAACCAUUUAAAUGUAUGGAUUGUGGGAAGGGUUUCAGUGAGAGUGGAGCUCUUACAAGACAUCAACAAACUCACACAGGGGAGAAACCAUUUAAAUGUAUGGAGUGCGGAAAGAGCUUCAGACACACCUCACACCUUACUCUACAUCUACGAACUCACACAGGGGAGAAACCAUUUAGAUGUAUGCAGUGUGGAAAGAGCUUCAGUCGGUGUUCACAUCUUAAUAUACAUCUACGAACGCACACAGGGGAGAAACCAUUUAAAUGUAUACAUUGUGGAAAGGGUUUCAUUGAGAGUGGAGCUCUUACUAAACAUCAACGAUCUCACACAGGGGAGAAACCAUUUAAAUGUUUGGAGUGUGGAAAGUGCUUCGGUAAGAGUGUAACUCUUAGAAAACAUCAGCAAACUCACAGAAAAGCAACUGUUUAA